GGCCUAACAGGCAGAAGCGGUCGAAUUCGGAGCGGACACGUCAGCGCUGAGCGCGUGACGUCGUGUGGAGGCCGCAGGUGCCGGGCCCGGUGUGUCCCGCUGGCAUCGCCGCCAUGUCCGAUCUCGGGGACUGGUUCCGCAGCAUCCCGCUCAUCACCCGAUACUGGUUCGCCGCCACCAUCGCUGUCCCCCUGCUGGGGAAGCUGGGCCUCAUCAACCCCGUCUACCUGAUCCUGUGGCCGGAGUACUUCCUGCAUAAGUUCCAGAUAUGGCGCCCCUUUACCUCCACGUUUUACUUCCCCGUGGGCCCCGGGACGGGCUUCCUGUACAUGGUCAACCUGUAUUUCCUCUAUCAGUAUUCAACGCGACUUGAAACAGGUGCGUUUGAUGGAAGACCUGCAGAUUACAUGUUCAUGCUCCUGUUUAAUUGGAUUUGUAUUGUUAUAACCGGAGUGAUAAUGGACAUGCAGUUGUUGAUGAUCCCUCUGAUCAUGUCCGUUCUGUACGUGUGGUCGCAGCUGAACAGAGAUAUGAUUGUGUCCUUCUGGUUCGGGACGAGAUUCAAGGCCUGCUAUCUCCCUUGGGUCAUUCUUGGAUUUAACUAUAUAAUUGGUGGAUCGAUCACUAAUGAACUGAUCGGAAACUUGGUGGGUCAUCUCUACUUCUUCCUGAUGUUCAAAUAUCCCAUGGAUCUGGGUGGCAGAAGCUUCCUUUCCACGCCAGAGAUUCUGUACCGCUGGUUCCCGAACAGAAGAGGAGGAGUCUCUGGAUUUGGUGUCCCUCCCGCCAGUGCCAGACGACCAGCAGACGAUCAGGCAGGAGGAGGUGGCGGCGGACGGCACAACUGGGGUCAGGGCUUUCGGCUGGGCGAACAGUGAAAGGAAAUGGCGUCCUCGGAAGGGGAAUCUCGUGUGAUAAACUUUUUAACUUUUGAACUUGUAAGGAAAAAAAAAUAAAAAAUGAACUUAUGCAAGAGGCAGCGAG